GUUAACAUCCGGAUUCACGAAGCUCGACAACUAAGUGGUAUAAAUAUCAAUCCUGUAGUUCAUGUUACUGUUGGUAGUGAUAAGAAAAAGACGAACGUCAAAGAAGCUACAAAUUGUCCGUUAUAUAAUGAGUUUUUUGUAUUUGACUAUCAGAUACCUCAUGCCUUAGUGAUGGAAAAAAUGAUUCUACUUGAAGUAAAUUCAACUGGCGGAAAAUUAUCACUUAAAUCUCAUUCUUUAGUUGGAAUGUAUAAGCUUGACAUUCAAACAGUAUAUAAUGCGCCCGAUCAUCAAUUUUACCGUAAAUGGGCCUAUCUUACCGAUCCACACGAUCAUACAAAUUCUUGCAAAGGAUACUUAAAGGUUGACAUUGCAGUUAUAGCACGUGGAACGAGUAUUUCAACCCCAGGGAAAGUUAAGAACGAAGACGACAUUGACAGCAACCUACUGAGCCCGGAUGGAGGUUCCGCUGACAGAGCUAGAGCGAAUUAUAAAUUUAAUAUUUAUUAUGCAGAUGGUCUACCACAGAUGGAUAGUGGUAUUUUACCAAAUAUCAAGCGAGUUAUCACACGCGGAGAGAAAGAACUUACAGAUGCUUACGUUGAGGUCAAUUUUUUUGGGCAUUCUGUAAAAACUCCUGUAAAAAGACAUACCUAUAAACCAAUAUGGAACGAAUGCAUUUGUAUUACUGAUUUAUUUCCGCCAUUAUGUGCUACUGCAAAAGUUCAAAUAAAAGAUAGUGAUGCUGUAGCAACCGAUGUUCCUAUUGCUACCCAUGUGAUAGAAAUGUCCAAGAUAUCUUAUAAUAAAUUAUCUAAAGGUUUUCUGCCUACAUAUGGACCUACAAGCAUUUAUCUCUAUGGAUCGACUAGAGAUUUUUCUAUGUUUGAUGAAAAUAUCAAACUAAAUCAGGGCGAAGGAGAAGGUGCAGCAUAUCGUGGGAGAUUGGUUAUAUCGUUAACGGUCCAUUUAUGUGAAACGCACCAUGGAUCGGUAGCAUGUGGUAAUAAAGUUUCGUCAAUUCCCGCCUUGCCUAAGGUUGUUAUAAAUAAUACACUGCUUGGGAAACAGGAAAGGUUCUUACUAUUUGCGUUAUUAUCAGAAUGUAGUAUGAUAAACAAAAAAUAUAGUGACAAACCUGUAGAAUUGGAACUAACUAUGGGUAAUUAUGGCAAUGAGAUCGAUUUUAAUGCCUCCGAUGACGCACACACGGUAGUUAGCACUGCUGAAGAGCAUCAUGGAUCUGAACAUAUCCUAUAUCAUCAUGCAACAACACACCCAAUGUUGCCGGAUUCUUUUGAUGAUACUUAUUUCUUCAUACCCUGGGAGAAUACGAAGCCUUGUCUAUAUAUUCAAAGCAAGUGGCUUGCUCAUCUGUAUAGGAUUUACUUGGCGAAUAUGAUUGAUAAGAUUCGCCAUUCUUUAUUAUGUGGAUUAGUUGAAAUAGAAGAUCUGGCAAAGCAUAAAGAUGCACGAACUAUUGAUUACUUUAGAGCCGUCCUGGAUGAAUUAAUUGCUGGAUGCAACCAAGUGGUUAUCAUGCUUAAAAAUGAGAGUAUUAGCCACCGAUUAGGAAUAACAGAUCUAGAUAUUGCUAGAAUGAAAUUGUGCAGCCGCGAAAUGAUUGUCGUUUCGAAUUUAGCAUACGAAAUAAGUAAACGGUCCGAUACCCUAGUGUAUAUUAAGGGAAAACUAGCUAGCUUUCAUCAAGUGGUAGAAAGAUUGACUAAUUUGGUUGAUACGCCGCAACAAGCCUUGCCGGACGUUUUCUUAUGGAUGAUAGCUGGUGGUAAACGAAUCGCUUACGCAAGGAUACCUGCUGCUGAUAUUAUCCACUCUGAGUUAGAAUGCCAACGGGGAAUAGACUGUGGAAAGAUGACCUCUUUCUUUUUACGGGUACCUGGCAAAAAGGGCUAUGGAUUUAAUGAGAAUACUGUUCAAGCUAGAGUGCGCCUUAUGUUAUGGCUCGGCUUGCAGUCCCACAAAAAAGAUUAUGUCCGUGGUAUACCGAAAGGUUAUAAAUUAACAAAUAAGUUAAAAAAUGCAGAUGAGUUCUCUUUGGUUCCGCCAAAGUCUGUCAAGUAUAUUGAGGAACACAAAUUCGAACUACGAGCUUAUCUCUAUCAAGCUCGUAGUUUAGCGGCUUGUGAUAAAUCAGGAUUUUCUGAUCCUUUCGCUAGAAUCAUGUAUUCUAACAUAACAGUGGAAACAAGAAUAAUUAGAGAAACUUUGAGCCCAAUUUGGGAUGAGACAAUUAGAAUGCGAUCAAUCGUUUUAUAUGGUACUUUAGAAGAUAUUGUUAAAAGUCCUGGAACCAUCGUUAUUGAUGUCUUUGAUAAUGAUCUUGUGGGUUCUUCAGAGUUUCUUGGUAGAACAGUAGCGAAACCUAAUGUUAAAAUUUUGAGUGAGGAAUAUGUUAAACCUAAAUUUCCGUCCACGCUGAGAUGGUAUUCACUAUAUAAAGGUGGAAUCGAAGCUGGAGCAAUUCUAGCGGCAUUUGAACUCUUCGAGGUUAAAUUUGGAAUGGAUUUUGAUUACCUACCCCCAUUACCUUUAGCCGUCACUCGAAAUGAAAUAGAAAAAGUUAUUCCCGUUCCCAGUGGAAUUCGACCAGUUCUAAGCAAAUUUCGUAUUCAGGUUUUAUUUUGGGGUGUAAGAGAUAUGAGAAAACUUCAGCUACAAGCCGUUGUUCAUCCACAAAUAGAAAUUGAGUGUGGUGGUCAAGUAGUCCAGUCUGAAAUUUGUAGUAAUGCUAAGAAAAAUCCCAACUUCACUAACGUUGUUGCUUCUUUGGAUGUGGAAGUACCAGAAAAUACGUUAUUCUGGGCUCCAAUUGCCGUUCGCGUUAAGGAUUAUCGUAACUUUGGUCGAUUUUAUUUAGUUGGUUCUUGCGAGAUCGAUAAUUUCGAUAGAUUUUGGUAUAAACGUCGGAAGAAGGGAGCAGGCUCAUUAUUCGCCAAUCAAUCGAGCAUUAAUAUUCAGAUGUCAAAUAAGAUACAUCCAGCUUUAGCUGAUAGCAAAUCUACAACUGAUCUUGACAAAGCCCAAUCAGUAUCUUCCAUACCUGGAGCUCACAUUAAACGCUCUGCACCUUCACAAGCAACUAAGAAGAGUCAAGCGGAGCAUGAAAAAAUUGAUUGGUGGUCAAAGUACUAUGCAUCACAAAACACUUUUAGUGAUGUUGAUCGCAAAAAAUUUACUAAUGUCGAUACACUAAAGAUUUAUGACAGUGAGUUAGAAAAUCAACCGGAAUUUGGUGGUUUUAAGGAUGUAAUACAGUCAUUUGCCCUCUAUCGUGGCAAGCGCGAUAAUAAUGCUGAUGAUAACGCUAAAAUAGUCGGUUGUUUCAAAGGCAAUCUGAAAAUCUGUCGAUUACCUUUACCACAAUGCGUUAUUGAAAAUAGUACGAAUGGAAUGUUUACCGACGUGCCAGCCAGUAAACCCACUAGCGUAUUAGUCAGAAUUUAUAUUAUUAAGGCCAAUAACCUCCACCCGACAGAUAUUAAUGGCAAAGCAGACCCUUACUUAAUAGUUUCACUAGGUAAAACGAAAAUUAAUGACCGAGAAAAUUAUAUUUCCAAAAACUUAAGCCCAAUUUUUGGAAGGGCAUUUCAUAUUGAAGCAACUAUUCCUUUAGAGACUACAUUGACGGUUCAAGUCUAUGAUAUGGAUAUGAUUGGAUCGGACGAUUUAAUCGGUGAAACUAAAAUUGACAUUGAAAAUCGGUUUUAUAGCAAGCAUCGGCCGUCAUGUGGACUGCCAAUAACCUACUCAGAGAUAGGCUACAAUAAAUGGCGGGAUCCUCUUAAACCGACUCAGAUAUUGAAUCGGCUAUGCAAGGAAGAAAAAUUAGAUGGUCCUUACUAUGCUGAUGGUGAAGUAUCGAUUGGUAAAUGUAUUAUUACUGGACCCACUGAAUUGAUUGAUUCUAGAGGUCGGCUCGUAAUUACUGAUGAGCACGUUGCACUAAAAGCUUUACAUCAAUGGCACAAGAUCUCCGGCAGAGGAAUGAAACUAGUUCCUGAGCAUAUUGAAACACGACCACUUUAUAACCCAGGUCGUCCGGGCAUUGAACAGGGAAAUUUAGAAAUGUGGGUUGAUGUCUUUCCUAUGGAUAUACCCAUCCCCGAGGAUCAUGUUGACAUCUCACCAAGAAAGCCAGCACGUUAUGAACUACGAGUCGUUAUUUGGAACACUGAAGAUGUCAUAUGCAAUGACCAUAACAUGUUAUCAGGAGAGCAAAUGAGCGACAUUUACGUAAAAUGCUGGAUUAAGGGGCACGAAAACAACAAGCAGAGUACCGAUAUUCAUCACAAAUCCUAUACCGGGGAAGGAAAUUUUAAUUGGCGAAUGAUCUUUGAAUUCGAUUACCUAGCCGCGGAAGAGAAAGUUGUGGUUAAGAAAAAAGAACACUUUUAUUCAUUGGAUGAAACCGAACAUUAUGAACCUUUCAACUUGAUUGUUCAAGUUUGGGAUGCCGAUAUGUUUUCAAGUGAUGAUUUUACUGGUAUGACCACAUUUGACUUACUGGACAUGCCCCGUGGUGUCAAGGAAGCAGCUCAUUGCGAAUUAAAUAUGCUAAAAUCGGACAACCAUCCAAGAUUCGAUUUGAUGAAACAGAAAUCUGCCAGAGGAUGGUUUCCAGUUGUAGCCCAGAAUCAUAAAUCUGAAGAUAUUUUGGCUGGAAAAGUGGAAAUAGAGUUAACCCUACUUACUGAAGAUGAAGCGAAACAUAGACCUGCAGGAUUAAAGAGAGAAGCACCUGAACCUUUACCGAAACCAAAUCGACCGGAAGAUGCUGUAGGCUGGUUUUCUUCUCCGUUUAAAGCAUGCAAAUUUGGCGUUUGUCGUAAUUAUAAAAGAGAUUUAUUCAUAUUAUUUUUGGUCUUCUUAUUAUUUAUGUUUGCGGCAACCUUCGUAUAUGCAAUUCCGGUAAGUUACUGCCUAACCGAUCAUCUUUAUUAUUAUUAUGAUAAGUAUUACCAGUUGAUACGCAUAAUGUAA